UUUAUUUAUUUAUUUUGAAUAAAACUUUAAUACUUUCAUGAUUAUAUAUAUGUCAAUAUUCAAUCGUCGGAGAUGGAAUGUGAUUUUAAAAUUAAUAUUGUUAUUGUCAAUAAAUUUACAAACAAAAUGCGGUAAGAUGUCGGUCAAUUUAGCAUCAGCUGUGACACUUCCGCAAAUGUAUACAAAUAAACAAACUUUUGAAACCUGAACUGCGGAAUCUUUAGGUUUUGAUUAUCAAAUGUACACUUCCAAGAGUCUGGGACUUGGCAAAGAUGGCUGGUGGAAGUGAUGUCUUACAAGAAGUCCGCAUAACCCUAGAUGACUUAGGAUACCGCGAACCACUUCCACCCCAUGGGCUUCCACUUGUACACCAUCUUCUUGACGAUCUUGUAUCUGCGACAGCUGAGCUGAAGGAUGCCAGAGAAAAACUCAAUCAGUGCAGAAAGACAUGUGAGGAGGUGUCAGCCAGCGUGGCUCCAUACCGGGAGGAGAACGGGAGGCUCCUGACCCAGCUCAACGCCUUGCACAUGGAGAACAUUGCACUCAGGGAACAUAACGAGAAGCACAGCAAAGAGCUGCAGAAUGCCCUGCAGAAGCUAGAGAAGGAGAACCGUGAUCUGCGGUUCUUGGCCGGGGAGUACCAGAGGCAGAUCGAGGUCCUGGAGGCCGAGUCAAGGAGGAAGAGCGACAGGAUCCUUCAGCUGCAGGAGAAGAACCUCCAGGCUGUCAUCAGUACCCCAGGUGGUCGCAGAAAGCCUGUACCUUUUCAGCGUCAGCGCCUUGAAAUCACAUCUCAUCUUCCAGAGAACAACAUGUCUUCCUGUAACAAGUGUUCAAAGUGCGGGUGUGCUGCUGGUGCAGGUCGUCAGCAGAACAACAAUGAUGCCUACCUUGCUGAUCUUUUGCGCAUGACAGACCAAAAGCUCCUUGACCUACAGCAAGAAGCAGAACGCAGUCAGCGACAGGCUAAGGAGUAUGAAAACCAAUGCUCCACUCUCAGGAAACAAGUUGCAUCCAGAGAAUCAGAGAUCGCAAGGCUCCAGGGUUUGUUGGAGGGAGGACGGACAGUAGCAGCUGUGCUUGAGGACAACCGCAUCCAUGCUGCUCAUGAGCACCUCCACCAGCUACAGCUUCACAAUGAUCUCCUUACCAAGACGAACAUACAACUGGAGAAUAAGCUGAAAAAUAUUCUUGGAGAUACGCAUGAAGCCAUGAACCGAGCUGUAGAAUUGGCUGACGAGAACACAGACCUCACCAAGGAACUCCAUGAUGUUGAGAAGACCAAUCGCCUCUUGGAGGAAGACGUUCUCAACACGGCAGAAACACUCACACAAAAGCUGCAACGCACAAAGUCUAAACUUAUGAACUGUGAAUCAGACCUUGCCGAGCAACACCGUCUGUUCCACAUCAUGAGGGAUGAACGUGACAGGCUCUACAAGGAGCUGAUUCAUGUGCGUCAUGACCACUCACGCCUCACUCAUGAUCACACACGCUUAGUGACAGAACGGGUACCAAUGUUAGAUGAAAACAGGCGUAUGGAGGACCUCUUGCGAAAAGGACAGGAGGAGAAAAAGACACUGGUGGAUAAGAUAAAUCAUCUAACAGUGUCCUUACAAGAAGCUGAAACUGAAAAGCUUCGCCUGACAGACGAAGGAGAGACCCUUCGUAAGAAGAUUGCAGAGUUGACAGAGGAGAAGGACACUGCAGAGCAAGGGAAGUCCUUCUACACCAGUGAGACGAUGAAACUGCAGGGCCAGAACAAGGAGAUGGAGCAAGAGAGGGACUAUUACAAGGAAGAAAUGCAGAAACUCCAGACUAAACAUAUGCAGCUGGAACAAGAGCUUGACUUCUUUAAGGACCAGUCUGGGGAGCUAUCGAGAACAAAGCAAGCUUUGGAACAAUCUCGAGAGUACAUGACAGAUGACAUGUCUAAACUACAAGCUCAGCUUAAGCAGCUGCAGCUAGAGAGGAAUUACUUCAGUGAACAGCUCAAUGUGAAUCAAGAUGAGAAGAGACAGGCUGAGAGGGAACGAGAGUACUAUAGUGAACAAGUUCUUCAGCUACUAGACAUCCUUAAAUCAAAGCCAACAUCAACACCCUCAUCACCAAUGCAGAUUGGAAGAAAAUCAAAGCCUGUGUCUCCAGAAAAUGAGCUUGCACGAAUAUGUCAUGAAAGAGACGUCUUGAAACAAGAGAGGGAUUUCUACAAGAUGCACUACCAGUCAAUGAGGAAUCAACAGCAAGCGCCAUUGUCUGGCAGAUCAGGCAGCUCUCCUGUAUCUGGGCCCUCUGGAAUUCCUGUAUCAGCAGGUUCUGUUCCAACAGGGAUACCAGGGGCAAUGCCAUUGGGUCCUCCAGGGAUUGCCCCUCCAUCAGCAGGUCUCAUAGGCAGUCCUGCCUCUGGAUCACCUCCACCCAGACCUCAGUCUGUACCAGGAGCAGCGGAUGUAGAGGCAGUUAGACGAGAACGAGAUUUUUACAAACAGCAGAUGGAAUACUUCCGCCAGCAGUACAAUGCACAGAUGUCCCGCAUGCCCUCUGCAGCAGGAGUUCCAUCAGAUGGCCGGCCACCAAUGGCCAGGGGAUCUGCGGAAACUUCCCCUCCUGUGGAUGCCGACUCAGCAGCUGUUAGGAAUGAGAUGGCAAUCUACCAGCAAGAAAGAGAUUUCUUCAAGCAGCAGUAUGAAAAUUUAAAGGCUAGUCUGGCUCAGCCAAUCCCUCAGGGAGAUGGUACUAAAGAAAUAGAUGUCAGUAAUGUUAUACGAGAGCGAGACAUCCUACAACAGGAACGAGAUUUCUUUAAAAACCACUACAAUGAAAUCUCUCGCAGGAUGGCUCAGGCGGCCAUAACAACACCUUCUGUGCCUCAGUCCAUUAAACAAGAAAUAGAAUCAUUAAUGGCAGAGAAACGAGGGGUUGUAAUAGCCAAGGCGGACUUGGAGGCGAAGGUAAGAAAUCUUACUGAAAAGCUGAGAGAAGUUGAACAGGAAAAGAAUGAAAUUGACAACCACACAAGGGAGCUUCAUGCAGCCAUUGAAAAACUCCAAGAUGCUGCCACCCAGAGGUAUCCCCCAUCCACGCAAGCCUUCAUCUCAGAGAUAAGAAAGGCUCGAGAUGCAGCUUUGACAGACCUUGAUAAGGUGAAGAAGGAGCGGGAACUGCUCAGGGAAAAAUUGAGGAGCGCCACCACCAGCCAGAUGCGAGAGAAGGCCACCUUGGAGGAGGAGGCGUCCAACCUCCGGCACCAGACGGAGGAGGGAGGCCGGGUCGCAACGGAAUUGCAUCAGCGCCUGCAGUCCCAGGGCUCGCUCAUAGCAUCGCUGCAGGAUCAAGUGCAAGCCCUACAGGAUGCCCUCCAGCAGGCUAAUAAUGAAUUGGGUCUGCAGGGCAAACAGUCUGAUGAUAUGAAAAAACUCUUGGAAAGGAAGGUAGGCGAGAUCGGGAACACAGAGCACCAGCUGGAGUUCCGCCUGAGCCAGCUAUCGGCAGCCGAGAACCGGGUGUCGGACUUGGAGACUGAGCUGGACAGGGUGACCAAGGAACUGGCGUUGGCGAGGGCAGACGGGGCAGCCCUGCGGGGGAAUGUCAGCCGUUUGGACCACGACAAAGAUCUCCUGACUACAGAGUUAGACACAAAGACCGAGCAAGUUCUACACCUGCGAGAGGAACUACGGAAGAAGGAGGCCACGAUAGCUCAAAUGGAGGGGAAUAUAACGAAGCUGGAGGGCAAGCUUGACGCGGCCAUGUCUGCAGUGGCGGCGGAGGAGCGGAAAUUCGAGAGCGAGGAGCGGCGGUGCGGGCGGCUCGAGCAGGACCUCGCCACGGUCACGCUGCAGAGGGACGGCGCCAACCAGGAGAUCAUUCGCUUGCAGAAGGAGAUCGCAGGCCUCACCCAGAGCUACAAGAGCCUACGCGAGGAGCUCGAGAAGUGCCAAAUAUCGAAGGAUAACUUUAAGAAGAAGGCGCAGGAAUAUUGCAGGACGCUGGAAGAGCUGACGCAUAUACUGUCCUCGAAGGACUCAGAACAGUCCAGCCUCAAGAAGCAGUACCUCAACCUCAACGAAGCAGUCUCAUCCCUCAAGUCCCUGAACCAGUCCCUCGAGGAGAACAUCAAUUCGCGCGAGAAGGAGAUGACGAAGAUGGAGGCAAUGAUGGCCAAGUUCAAGGAAGAGAGGGAGGAGAUUAUUAGUCAGAUGAUGGAGGCAAGCCAGAAGUGCGACCAACUUGAAGAAGCCUGUAAGAAACUUGAAGAGGAUAAAUACAACAUCGAGAAGGACCUCAUCAACACGCGUGACCUGGCGCAGAAACUGGACAUGAAGAGAGGCCAGGCCGAGGGGGAGGUGGCCAGACUUUCCACUAGUCUGGAGAAGGUGAUGUCACAGAAGCGUUCCUUGGAGCAGAGACUAGAGGGUAUCAGCAGCCAGUUGAACAGUGAACGGACCACAGUGAGGUCGAUGGAAGAAGUCCUCAAUGACAAGCGCAGGUCCGAGUGGUCUCUUGAGGCCAAUAACAAGCAACUGGAGGUGGAAAAAGGCCAGCUACAGAGAAGGAUAUCAGAACUGCAAGCUCAACUGGAGGAUGAAAUGUCAGAGGGGAAGAGAUUUAGAAUGAGAACCACGCAGCUGGAAAGUGACCUGGAGAGACUUAGACGGGACCUGACGGAUGAAAGGUUUGAGAGAGAAAAGGCUUCACAGGAACUGCGACGGGUACAGAGAUUCCAAAACAUUAACCGUGCAUUAGAUGCCCUUGGAACAACACCUUCCCCCCCUGGGACUAAAGAGGGCUCACGACCCCCAGUCAAGGUGUUGCCUCCUGACCCCCACCCUACUCCAGUCUCCUCAUCAUUACCCAGUAGAGCCGACUCCCCACCGGCAGCAGAGUCACAAGGGGCGGCCCACUUAGAGCGGCGCCGUAGUUUUAGUAAAGCACAUGCAUCUCACCUCCACAGUUCCUCCUCAGACACAGGACUUGAGAGGAGCCAGGCUGUCUCCAGCAGCUCUGACUCCCACAAGGAGCCCUGGAGACUGGCAUUCGGGAGCACCUCUUCCCAGCUGUCCCGCCGAGCAACUAGCCAGGAGUCCAUCCACCCGUCUCCCAUUACGUACAGACGGGCAACAGAGGAUAGCCCCCUCACUAGAGUAGGAUCUACAGGGAGGCUAGCGACCUCCUCAAUCUCCUCACAAGCAGGAGCAACCCUCACAACCUCACGUGACAGAGAUCUGGAUAGUAGAGAAAGCAUUCCCAGUGUGAGACCCAAAGACCCCAGCUCAAGGUUGAGCAAGCAGGCUACCAGUGGUGGAGAGUCAGAUAGCUGGGGCUGAUAGGAAAAGUAACUUGUGCUUCUUGGUAGUUUUUUUUUAUCUUCUUUUAUUUGUAUGUUUUUGUUUUAAUGAUCACCUGCAUACCUUAUUUUGUAGUAUAAGUUGGAGCUUUUGCACAAGUAUGAUUAGUUGUAAGCAAAAUUUGUAAAGAUAAACCAAGUGGGAUUAUACUCCUAUAUUUGUAGCAGUUGUCAACCCCAGUAGCUUUAUAGAAGAGCUGACUUCCAUUAUAACUUAAGUAUAUUACCUGAUUUUUUUUUUUUUUUUAUAUUUCAGGUUAGAAACAGAACUGUGAUAAGAUAAAUUUUAUUUGUAAAUCCAAUUUCUGAUGUCAGAUUUAUUCACCUUCAUAAGAAUCUCCCACUUUAAUUCUGCCUUCAAUUUUGUAAGGCCAUAAUUAUAUAGGGUAUUAUUCAAAAAAUUGAAAAAGCGGAAAUAUAUGAAUAACAGGCAAUAGAAAAUAAAAGAAACGAUGAGUUAAAUACUAACAUCUUUCACAUAUAUUCUUCUUAGUUUUUCUAUGCUUUGAAAUAUCUUACAACACCAGUAAUCUCAAGUUUAACUCCAUUAGACCUUUUGUGUCUUAGGAACCUAAACCUCCUUUCAGGACUAUUCUGUUAUUGUAUUUUUGAAUACACAUACACAUUCCCAGUCAAACCUAUAGAAUAUUGAAGAGGCAAUCUCUAGGUAUGUGUUAUAGACAAUGGAAAGGAUUAACAAGAAUUCAAGAUCUUCAGUAAUGCUCUCUAUGAUUAGCUUGCAUGGGUGUUUUAUUAUCUCAUUUUACAGAAGAGUAGUAAAACAUACAGGGAAAUGAGUCCUAUACUUGAUGUUUAUUCCCACUGUUGGAAAGGAAUCUCAUUUGGGCAUUCUCAUGAUUUGAGAUUAAAUAUUUUCAGUUUUCCUUUUCAAGUUGUCAUUGAUGUUUUCACUAGCUAAAUAUAAUGGUAUGAAAACAGCAUGCAAGUAAAGGUUUGUAUGGCAUUUAUAAUUAGGUGUGUGUUGUACCUAUAAGAUUUUGAUGAAUUCAGGUUAUGCUAUUUCGUACUCUUCAAACAACAAAACACACUUAAAGAAUACGGAAGUACAUUAAGUUAGACUUCUGUUAUAAGCAUGUUUUAACAGCCACUUUCUUGUUUCUUUCUAGGUGCGCACAUUUCUCAUUUAAGGUAAUGGCAACUGUUAAGGUGCAGGGAAAUGUUGACACCCCAAUCUACAGAUUAGGAAUAGCAUCACUCAACUAUUGUAAUGUUAAAUAUUUGUUUGUAUAUGGAGAGCUUUAUAUUCCACAAUAAUACGGAAAGAUAUUUGUAAGGAAAGAGAAAUGUUUUGUUAGGAUAUAUAGGUGAAUGAUAUUGUGUAUUUAAACAGGGUAACCUAUGGGAGCCGAAGUUGGACUUUGCAGCAUAAGACUUUUUAGAUAUGACUGGUCUCCUUGCUACCAUUUUUUUUUUUUUUUUUUAAUUAUUUUUUUUUUUUUACACGAGUGACCAAUACACUCAUGAUAUUAUCAGAUAGGAAGAUGUGUUGAUUCCAGGCAAAGUAUGGUUAAAUGGAUAUAUUUUUGACAAGGUAUAAAAUGACAGAAGAGAAACCAUUUCAGAGCAUAUGUAUUCUAUAUUUUCACUGUAAACCUUCCUCUGUUAUGUGGAAGAAGACUUACUGGCAGAAUGUCUAAUAUAUUUUCUCUGUAAGAAUGUUCUCAUUUUAUCUGGAUUGUGAGAAUGAGGUUUAAAUGAGUACUGAAUAUCACAUGGGAAAGACAAAUGGAAAGUAUUCAAUAAGUUUUGGAAUUAGUUUAGCAUUAGUUUGCAGGAAAGAUAAGCUUCAAUAGUGAGAAGUUAGAAGGAACACAUUCAGAAGAAUAUAUUAAAAAGAAAUUGUUGUAGAUUCCAAUUAUAUUUUUCACAGAAAGAUUUUGCUCUUACAUUCUUAUGUUAUUUUCUUUCUUCCUUUUGUUGGUAAUUGUUUGACUUCAUGAAAUUGGUUAUGUAUUGGAGAAUCACCAAUAAUCCUUUUUAUGAAGAGUUUUACAGGCUGUGAGAUGCUAGAAUCACUGAUGCUGAUUAGCACUUGACUGUAUGGAUUAACCUGCUUCUUAGUAUGUGUAUAUAAGAAAACAUCCUUUAAAUUGCUAAUUGACAGGUUGAUAUACACUUCUGUAAUCGCAGUCUUCUGUGUCAGUCUAUCUUGGUUAUAGAGGAAUAUAAUCAAAUCAUAGUCUGAGGGUCAGUUGUUCCAUGCUUGUUACUUUUGUCAUAGUUAGGAGUUUACUUUGGAACUGUUUUUUUCUUUGUAUGGUACAACUUGCCAUGGAUUAAUUAUAUUAAAACCGUAUGAGGAGCAAUGGUUGAUCGCCUGGGUUGUAAAUACGUUCAUAUAUUUUUGUUUUCAAAAUUCAGAUCAGGAAGUGGUCCUUGUUGAAUUUCACUUACCAUUCUGUAUGUAUUUAAUUUCAUUUCAUUAUAAAAAAAAAUUCUUUCCCAAAAUGAUUUGAGCAUUUCCAAACACAGUGAGUGUAAAAUAGCUAUAUUUAUGUGCAGUCCAUAUCCAUAAAUGUACAGACACAUUUUAUAUAUAUAUAUAUAUAUAUAUAUAUAUAUAUAUAUAUAUAUAUAUAUAUAUAUAUAUAUAAAAAUAUAUAUGGGAACAGAAAACAGUAGAUACUGAUGAAAGAUUAAAUGGCUGUCAAGAAUGUACUUUCCCAUCCCCAGACAUCCUAAUGGCAUUCCUUAAGGUGGUAUCUUCAUUUCUUUCACUUCAGUUUAUGCUCUUUAACAUUAACUUAUAAAAAAAAAAAAAAAAAAGAGUGAUUACUGAAUAACAGUCCUUUAACCCUAUCACCGUGGAUGGCAAGAAUACAUGCCAUGCCCACUGUAAUAUAAGUUUAUUUAUUGUAUUUACAUAUAGAUGGCUCUACAAGUGCUUAAUCACCAAGGAAUCAGUUUUUAGUCUCGCCUGUUUACCCUUUUCCCUGACUUUUGGAAAGGGUCUUUUGUAUUAUUUCAUUGUCUUAAAUGUUACCACGAUUUUAAUAAGAAAUAAGCAUAACAUCAAUAACAAUGAUAACAGUAUUGAUAUCAGUUGUAAAAAGUUGGAAAAAUGCAUUUUCCCGCCAAUUCAAGGAAUGGGGAAAUCAGGAUCGGUAACUAGGGCAUACUGAUAGACUCCUUGCCGGCUGAGCACAUGUGGAGCCAUCUGUAUGUAACAAAAUUCACAAAAAAAUACUGGGGACAGAACAAUGUGUGAUGGUUGGGUUAAGAUGGUAUAUUAUAAAGUCAUACAAAUACAUGCUUUAUAUAACAAAAUGAAUCCUGAUAGUCAUUGUCAUGGGAUGCAUAGUCACUGGGUACAUUUAUUAUUGCAAACCGUCUGUAUAAUAUAUCAAAAGUUACAGAAGAUAUAUAUAAAAGAGCAUUAAGACUGUUUAAGACUGUUUAAGUCUGUAUAUAUAAUUUAUAAUAAUAUAUACAUAGGUCAUUUUUUUUUUACAUACAAAUUUAAUCACAAGGGCCAUAUGCCUUGAUUAAGAAAGAAAGAAAAAAAUAAGUAUCAUGUGAUGAGUUGUUGGUUUUAGGUCCUGUUAUAUAGAUAUUCCCCUCCAUGAAAAUGAAACAUUGUUAUACAUCAUUGUUUGCAGCACAGUAGUAUGUUACUAACAGUUUUUUAAUUCAGUUAUUUAUCAGUGUUUAAUUUCAUUCAUGAGUCAUAAGUUACAGAUAAAUUAGAAAUAUUGAUGUUUAUGAAGUUGAAAAGGCAUUAGGUUGUAAUAGUGUGACAAAGAAAUUAAAAAAGAGACAGAGGCAGUUUUAUUGG